GGGAAGCUGGUUUCACCAAAAUGGAAAAAUUUUAAAGGCUUGAAACUGCAGUGGAGAGAUAAAAUCCGUCUCAAUAACGCCAUCUGGAGGGCCUGGUACAUGCAGUAUCUGGAGAAGCGCAAGAACCCAGUGUGCCACUUUGUGACUCCUCUGGAUGGCUCUGUGGAUGUAGAUGAACAUCGUCGGCCAGAAGCCAUUGCAACGGAAGGGAAAUAUUGGAAACGAAGAAUUGAAAUUGUCAUCAGGGAAUACCACAAGUGGAGGACCUACUUCAAAAAAAGGUUACAGAAACACAAAGAUGAAGAUCUUUCAAGUUUGGUCAGGGAUGAUGAUGUGGUUCUGUGGCAAAAAAGAAGGUAUGGCCGAGAGACUCCAGUCCCCAUGGAGGAGGGUUCCCUCUUGGAUGCAGAUAUGCUUAUGUCCGAGUUCACUGACACGCUSUUCUCCACACUGUCGUCGCAUCAGCUCGUUUCCUGGCCCAAUCCCAGAGAGAUAGCACACUUAGGAAAUGCUGACAUGAUUCAACCAGGGCUUAUUCCUCUCCAGCCUAAUCUUGAUUUCAUGGAUACCUUUGAGCCUUUUCAGGAUUUGUUCGCAUCCAGUCGUUCCAGUAAUUAUUUCCCUUCUGUGUCUGCUGUCAGUGCUGCUACAACAGACAGCAGCAGCCAUUCUUCUCAGUCUCCUGUCCUGCCGUCGGGUUCAUUACCCAGCACACUUCCAGCAGGGAACCUCAGUGAUGGACUGAUUGCUUCCUCAGUACCUGCUCCGGUCAUUCCUGAUGUUGGCACUGACCAGUGCUCCAGCAUUAGAAGUGGGGGAUCCUUCAUCCAGCCAGCGGACUUCACUCCAGACUCGUCUCUCAGCGGGCCACAACCUUUUGUCUCAGUAUUUCAAACUCCCCUGCCACUGCUUCAACCUGUGACCCCACAGCACCAGUCCCCGUUGCCUGCAGUGCCUCUCAAUACUGGUUUGAGCUCCCCACCAUCUGCUUUUGCUGCCCCAGAAACGCAGAAGUUUGGCCUCUGUGAAUCUACAGUUAUUACACAUACAGCAUCCGCGACGCUGACCCACAACGCCCCCGCCACCACCUUCAGCCAGAGCCAGAACCUGAUCCUGGCCACGCAGCAGCCGGGUGCCGGAGUGCCUUGUAACCUGGCUUUCCAGACUGCUGUCCUGCAGGGGCAGCCCCGGGCCCAGCUUCAGUCCCAGCUGACUUUUGCACUCCCUAAAGCUGUUCCCCUGGCCAGUGCUGCGACAAGACCCAAACAGUCACAAAAUAUAGUGCCUGCUCCGAAGCCUGAAACAGUGUCCUUAGUAUUAAAGAAUGCCUUCGUCACCCCAGCUGCCUUUCCAGGACAGUCCAGAGCUGUGAUUGUAACUCCAGCACCUUUAAAAAGAGAGGGGAUUUUGACUCCAGCCAUUUCUCAGUCUAACGUUGCAAUUGCACCAACUGGAAUUGCCAGAACUCCGGGGGUGACGGAGUUCCGCAGUAACAUCCUGGUCGGUCCAGCGCAGCAGGCGCCGAGUAGCCAACAAGGCCAGUCCACAGUGUCGCACCUCUUCUCUCCAGGCGUAGUCCAGGAUGUGUUGGUGAAAGGAGAGCAAAUCCUAGCCCACAGUAGCAGCUCGCAGGUUCCCUCGCCUACACCGAGCCGAGACUGUCAGAAUUCAGGCCAAGCCUCCCCCUGCGCUUCCGAGCAGAGCCCCAGCCCUCAAUCUCCCCAGAACAGCUGCUCAGGAAAACCCACCACGGACCCUCAGAUAGCUGCAUUUAAGAAUCGAAGAAUGAAGCAUAGUUCAGCAGAACAAAAACGAAGAUUUAAUAUCAGGAUUGGCCUAAGUACUUUGAACAGCUUGGUUUCAGCCAACUCCAAGUUGAUCAGCCAUGCAAUCACUCUGCAGAAAACAGUAGAAUAUAUCGCUAAGCUGCAGCAGGAAAGAGCACAGAUGCAAGAGGAGACCAGGCGCCUUCGGGAAGAAAUCGAGGAGCUCAACACUACCAUCAUUUCUUGCCAACAGCAGCUCCCUGCUACCGGAGUUCCCAUAACACGACAAAGAUUCGAUCACAUGAGGAGCAUGUUUGAUGAGUACGUCAGAAACAGGACCCUCCAGAACUGGAAGUUUUGGAUUUUCAGCAUUAUUAUCAAGCCGUUGUUUGAGUCCUUCAAUGGGAUGGUCUCCACAACAAGCUUUAAGGAUCUGAAUCAAACUGCGAUGGCCUGGCUGGAUCAACACUGUUCUCUUCCUGUGCUGAGGCCAAUGGUGCUGAACGCCCUUCGGCAUCUAAAUAAAACCACCUCAAUCCUGACGGAUCCGUCGCGCUUGCCAGAGCAGGCUACUGAGGCUGUUAACAAGAUGAACGAAACAGCUGGUGAAACCUAACAACCAAAGACAGGGAGUUGCUUACACUAGGUGUGGAGAACCAGCCAGUCGGAGCAGCCUGGUGGGUCUCCUUUCAGCUGGUGCACUUUAGAAAGAAUGCUCUCCAUCAUCCAAGACGUUGUCCAGGGCGUCUGACUUUGCCUUGGAGUGUAUGGAAGUAUGAUGCAACGUUACCACAACGUUUCAAUUCCUCUUCAGUGCUGUGCUCCACUCCGUUACGUGAGAACACCAAGCUCAGGUAAAUGAAGCAGGUUUGAGUCCUGCAGGCAGCAAUAUAUCUCCAUCAAUGCAGCGUGCAUCUAUAUGCAACAAAUACCUUUCUAUAAAGCAGCUUCAAAUAGUAAGUACUCUGACGUGUACAUCUUGUAUACCAAGGAAUGGUCUCUUAAAGGGGAAAAAUACUUUCGAUUUUGUGAAACAA